AUGGGGGACUACUACAUCGGAGUGGAUGUCGGCACUGCCAGUGUCAGAGCUUGUGUAGUUGAUGUCAGUGGCAAGAUCCUCUCUGUGGCUGUGAAAGGGAUCACAGUCUGGAACCCAAGGCCUGAUCAUUAUCAGCAGUCAUCAGAGGAAAUCUGGAGUGCUGUUGUGUACACUGUCAGGGCUGUCAUAUCUGAGGCAAAGGUCAAACCUGAGAGGAUUGUGGGAAUCGGAUUUGAUGCAACUUGUUCCUUGGUUGUUCUUGGGGACAGGUUUCAGCCAGUCACUGUGUCUUUGGAUGGUGAAGAAAGCCAAAACAUCAUUAUGUGGAUGGACCAUAGAGCUCAGAAAGAAGCAGAUGUGAUUACUGCAACCAGGCAUAGUGUUCUCAAGUCAGUCGGGGGGAUAAUGUCUCUUGAAAUGCAGCCUCCAAAACUGAAAUGGCUCAAACAAAACAUUCCAAGUACCUGGCAGCGGGCUGCACAUCUAUUUGACCUGCCAGAUUUUCUGACAUGGCGAGCAACUGGCAGUCUCAGUCGGUCGCUGUGUUCUCUUGUUUGUAAGUGGGGCUUCCAGGCCGACAGCGAUGGCAGGCUUUGCUGGGACGAUGACUUUCUGGCUCUCAUAGACCUCGGGGAUCUCACAGAAAACAACCAUUCCAAGCUUGGUAACCUUCAGCAAGAUGUCGGCUCCCCUUGUGGGUCUGGCUUGUCCAACCAGGCAGCUGAAGAACUUGGCCUUAUCCCCGGAACACCUGUAGGAACAUCCAUGAUUGAUGCACAUGCUGGGGCAUUGGCAUGUGUUGGGUGUACUCCAGUUGCCAGCAGUCACAAGGAAACAUUGGCAGACUUGGACAACCGCAUCGUUAUAAUUGCUGGGACCUCAACUUGCCACAUCAUUUGCACUCGAACCUCUGUAUCAGUUCCUGGUGUCUGGGGUCCCUACUACUCCGCCAUGGUUCCAGGCAUGUGGGUCAACGAAGGUGGACAGAGUGUUGCAGGACGUCUGAUUGAUUUUGUGACAUCUAGCCAUCCAGCUUUCUCGGAGACUAAGACCAAAGCUGUCGACCGAGGCUUGCAUGAAUACGAAUAUCUCAAUGAUCAUCUUCAACAAAUGGCAGUCAGAAAUCAUUUCCAGACUGUAGCACACCUAACCCAUGGCUUUCAUGUGUGGCCUGAUUUCCAUGGCAACAGGUCACCAGUAGCAGACGCCAGCCUUAGAGGAAUGAUCUGUGGUCUGAGUCUCUCAGCUACAGAGGAUGAUCUGGCACUGCUCUACCUCGCCACCAUCCAAGCCCUGGCUUAUGGAACACGUCAUAUAAUCGCAGAGAUGGAGAAGAGCGGCCACAUGAUAUCCACUGUUUACCUGUGUGGUGGCCUUCGCAACAACAGACUCUAUGUUCAAACACACGCUGAUGUUCUGGGACUGCCGGUUGUCCUACCAGAAGUUGACCAGUCAGUUCUGUUAGGAGCUGCCAUGUUGGGAGCGUUUGCUUCAGGAAAAUUUGACAGCCUUCAGUCUGUUAUGUUGGCGAUGGGUGGCCAGGGGUCAGUUGUUGACCCUGAUGCAGCAGUGUCCAGUUUCCACGAGAAAAAAUUCCAAGUGUUUCUGGAGAUGCUUGGAGAUCAGCAGAAGUACAGAAAUAUGAUGAAAGAUGUGUUGAGAUCAUGA